AUGGUGUCAUCAUAUUCCAGCACAAAUGUAACGUUGGUAGCGACGGUGAUGAUGGUGUUGAUGAUAUUGUCCAUGUGUGGGACGUUUGAUAAUGUUGCAGCAAUAUCGAUAGAUUCAAUUUUCCAACGCAAGCGAACUACGGUGACAAUAAAUAAUGAACUAGGAAACACCACACAUCUUAGUGUUGAGUGUAAGUCAACCGAAGACCAUCUUGCUCGAAAGUGGCUCAACGCAACUGAAAACUACCGCUUCUCAUUUAGACCAAAUUUGUCUCGUUCGACAGCAUUCAAGUGUCAAUUUGCCUGGGAACUUGUUGCUUACUGGUUUGUGAUCUACGACUAUGGCAGGGAUCAUCAUGUUUGUAGUAUUUGCAAUUGGCGGAUUUUUCGUACUGGUCCAUGUGAAUAUAGCUAUGUCACCAAGAAGUUUGAUUUGUGCCAUACAUGGACCUAG